UUUGGGUGUGGUUUAGAUAACACCGUCCUUGCGUGUGUGUUUAUCAGUAAAAUGUUAUAGAUUGACUUCUGAAAUAUUAUAAUUUCGAGUAAAUUUUCCAUUAUUAAUUGUUCUGCGGCGCGAUUUCAUCGAAUAAUUAAUACUUAUAUGGUGUAAAAUAUGAUAUCCUUCAAGUUACUAAUGGUUUUAGCCACCUUGGGAGUGGCGUAUUCUCAAAAUGCCGUCGCUCCUGUACUGAUAUGGGGUAACCAUCCCAGCAUUGAUAAAAUGACAUCGAAUUUGGCAAAAGUCAGCUCCAAUAAUAUCGAAGAUUGGAUCACGAAACCAGCAAGUGAAGAUGAAGAUACUCACGUAUUGGUAGGUAUCCUCGAAAGCCUCUCUUUGCCAGACUUGUUCAAGACGUAUGGAGACGUAAGUGUGUUUUCAAAUGUGCAAAGCUCCAUGAGCAAUAGCAAAUACAAGAAAAUUUUAUUUCAAACGAAUGUGCAAUCAAAAAGAAUGCAUGAUGCUUUUGAUGAGUCGGUUUCUGGUGUACAGGACUUGGUUGCGACGAGUGAUUCUAUGAAAAUACACGUCAUUAAGAUCGCUCCCAAAGGAGAAGAUCUUUCUGAAACUUUGAAAAUGUCCGAUAAUAUAAUGCAUAAAGCUUGUAAGGAGCACGCCUCUUUAUAUAAUUCAUACAUCUGCGUUAUGACUGGUUCAUCUGGUGCCGGUGGUGAGGAAACAGACCAUGUUCGUAUUGCUCGUUGCUUAAAACCACCACGGGUUGAACCACUAUCUUCAAAAUCGCCUCCGAAUAGCUACUUUGUACCAGGAUUCGUUUCAAUAGACACGACAAGCAAACCCUUGUUUCAGUUUUUGGUUGGUAAUCAAUCGAAAGAGUAUAAUCUUACUAAAAUUGACAAACCCACCGAAUCAAAUAACACUUUAAUCGUAUAUUUUCAAGACAAGGAUAACUCAUCUCCAAAAAUCCGUUUAGCGUUUACCUUCAUCAGUAAUAGCACCUAUUGGAGUCUGGAGCACAUAGGGUACGGUGAUGAUGCCAAAAGCGAAGUAGUCUUGAAACCACCCGAAAAGAUCUUUUCCUCUUCGGAGUACCCGACUUUCAUUACACCUUCAAAAGUAGUUUUCCAGAAUUAUGAUAAGACAUACAACUUGACAUUUUGUUCGUUACAGGUUGAUUAUGAUGUUUUUUCAUGAUUUUUUUCUCCGAUUAAAAAACAAAUAUCUUACCUACCUAUCCAAAAGUACCCAAUUUUAAUCAAAAUAUAUUUCCUAAGAGAAUGCUCUAAUACAUCAUCAAGAUGUCAUAGGUAUUAUUCUAACAUCUGCAGAUGUCCCCAUUAGAUAUUACCUAUCCUAAGUACAUGAUAAAAGUUGUAGAUAAAUUCAUAAUAAACGUUUCAAUCAAACGAA